CUCCACGUGUGAGAGCAGUGCAGCACUGCAGUUUGUCACAUUGGCAGGUCAGCAGCUCCACAAUGAAACGACCAAAGUUAAGGAAAGCAAGUAAGAGGUUGUCAUGUUCCAAACGGUAUAAAAUACAGAAGAAGGUCCGAGAGCACAACAGAAAAUUGAGAAAAGAGAAUAACAAGAAAGGAGUGAGCAAACGAGUGAAGAAAGAUCCCGGAGUGCCUAACAGUGCUCCCUUCAAAGAGGAGGUCCUAAGGGAGGCAGAGCAGAGGAGGCUACAGAUUGAAGAAGAAAAAGAAAGAAGAAAACAAGCUAAAAAAGAGGAGCGAGCCCAGAAGAGGAAGAAGGAAAAGGAGGAUUCGAGUAAGGAAACAGAUGUGAAAGCCAAAAGAGCUCGUCAGGAUGAGAAUGAAACGCUUUCAGACAAACGGAUCACCCCAGACAGGAACUCAAAACAGUUCCUUUGCUCUGAAUUAAACAAGGUAAUUGACGCAUCUGAUGUUGUAUUAGAAGUCCUUGAUGCGCGUGAUCCACUGGGAUGCAGAUGUCCACAGCUGGAGGAGGCAGUGCUGCAGAGGGAAGGCAAAAAGAAGCUGGUUUUGGUAUUAAACAAAAUAGAUCUGGUACCUAAGGAGAACGUGGAGAGGUGGAUACAGUGUCUACAGCAGGAGUUUCCAGUUGUGGCGUUCAAAGCAUCAACACAGAUUCAGGACAAAACAGUGCGAGCAAAGAAGAGCAGGAUAGUAGCCUCCAACGAAGUAUUGGACAAAUCCAGAGGAGCAGCCUGCUUUGGAAACAGUUGCGUCACUGAGCUCCUGACAAGUUACGCUGCAAACACGAGUGCAGAGUCUCUCAGAGUGGGCGUAGUUGGCUUUCCUAAUGUGGGAAAGAGCAGUCUCGUCAACAGUCUGAAGGGAAUCCUUGCAUGCAAUGCCGGUGUCAAGAGAGGCAUCACAAAAUCCAUGCAGGAGGUGCACAUUUUGAAAAACGUGAAGCUUAUAGACAGCCCAGGAGUUGUGGCAUCACCAUCCAACCCUCCAGCAUCUAUGGCUCUGAGGAGUCUGCAGGUGGAGGACGGCCAGGACAGUGUGCUGGAGGCCGUCAGGACUCUGCUCAAACAGUGUGACAAGAAUCAGAUCAUGCUCCAGUACAACGUCCCCGACUUCAGAAACUCUCUGGAGUUUUUGACCACGUUUGCCAAAAAGCGUGGCUAUCUACAGAAAGGCGGAGUAGCGAACACGGAGCAGGCAGCAACAGCUUUCCUUGCUGAAUGGACAGGAGCCAAGAUGAGCUACCACUGUAAGGCAGGAGAGAACCACUGCCGGCCUGCCUACCUGUCUGACACUGUGGUUGUUGAGAUGCAGAGUGGCUGGGAUCUAAACCAGCUGAAAAUUGGCAAUGAAGAAACUUUGAAAGGUGUUAAAUUUCCAAACCCAGCCAGCAGUAUAGGCUUCAUCUCUAAAGGCCCUACUGCAGGCCUGCUGACCGUCAGCGACGUCUCUGAAGGAAAACCUGCUGUUGGAUCCACAGACACAGAAACAGAGAGGAAUGAUGAGCCUGAGCAAAUGGCUGAGGACUCGAAUACAGCCGAAGAACCAGAGAAACCACAGGAGGUGCCGCUCAAAAAAAAACCAGGUCAUGUUCAGUUCCAGUCUGCCCCCAUUGACAUGAGCCUCUCCAGAGCUACGUCAGACGACGCCUAUGACUUCAACACAGAUUUUAAAUGAACUCUGCCUUUGCACUUUGUCUUAACUUUUGCCUGAGCCCACAUGGUCUGGUGGACAUGGAGACAUUGGUUGUCAUUGUCGAGGUGCCUUAGCUGUCUCAUCUUUAAAGACAAGGUUUAUUCAAAAUCACAGUUUGAAAGACAGUUGUCUUGUUGACUGGUUUCUGCCCAGUUUCAUGCCCUUCCAUUAAAUCAGACAGCGGGACCAUUUCCCAGACAACAACCGGGCUUUAUCCUAGACUACCGCUACUAGGACUGCUCCCAUCCCAGGAAUAUGGACAGAUUUUUUGGUUAUGUAUUUAUUCAUUGACUUCUUCCAGAUGUUGUUGGUGAAAGGUUGCCAGUUUUAAGUGUCCAGAGGUUUUUGUAAACUCGUGCUCAUGCUUAAUAAUGUACAUAGACUGACUAUAUGUGUAAUAAACCCUACACAAAGCC